AUGACUCCCCAAAAAAGAGAAACUCGUCGACGGAGGAUUGUUUUGAGCCAGAGUCAAAAGGAUACUCUCUGGGCUUGGUUUGAAAAGAACCCCUAUCCUGACUUAGCUGCCAGGGAGAGUUUGGCCAGAGAAAUAGGCAUCUCAGAGUCUCAAAUUCUGACUUGGUUUCAAAAUCACAGAAGGCUCAAACGACUCGAGUCUAAGCACUCCUUUAGAGAGAAUCAACCUCAGAGACAGGACAAGGUUCAAUUCAAGACUCAAGCUAGAAGAACCCGGACACACUUCACAAGAUGUCAAACCAGUAUCCUAAUGCACGCUUUUAACAAGAACCGCUUCCCUGGGAUUGCAACCCGGGAAACCCUGGCUAGACAAACAGGCAUUCCAGAAUCCAGAAUCCAGACAUGGUUUCAAAACCGAAGAUCUCGGCAUCCAGGCCAGAGCCGAGGUGGACCUGUGGCUUCUUUGCCAUUGCAGGAGCUGCAGCACCAAGACAAAUAUUUUUUUCUGCGCUGUUGGGAUGAGUGGUUCCAGUCGUUCAUUGCUGAAUGGGAACCUGAGAAUGGCUACUGGUCUCCUGGCCAGACUGAGAUACAGGUCCUGGUGAGCCCCGGGGGUUACCGGGGCCACCCCGCAGUUCGGAGCCUGCAGAGCUCUGUCCUGCAGGAGCCGGCUCAGAGGAACAAGGGCUGGCAGAACCAAUUUGGCUUCUAG